AUGUUGCCUCAUUCGGUGCCCACGUCGCCUCAUCAGGAACGUGACCGGCCCUUAGAGCAGAUGACGGAUGAGGAGUUACGACGUGAGUUGGUGAUGCUCAUUCGUACGAAUGCCAUUCUCGCUGAAGAGUCUGCAGGCCUCCAAGCAGAUAUUAGUGCCCUCUGUGAGGAGUCUGUGAGGUUUCAACAGAGUACAGAAAUUGAAGAAGACAAGGUGACAAAUCAGUUGUUGCGGCGCCUUCAGAGCGAGGAGGUGCAGAAACACCGCUUCCACCACCAGAUCCUCUGUGAGGAAAAGGCGCGACGAAAGAUCAUGGAUCAAAUCACACAGGUCCGGCAGCAGAUGGAGCUAGAGAAACAGCUUGAACAAGAACAGGAAGUGCAGCGGAUGGAACUUCAGCGAAAGCUGAUCGAUGUGGUGAAUAAAAAGAUUGAGGUGGAGCGACAGCUGCUGGAAGAACGUCGUGUCCAACUUGAGGCACUAACGACAAAACUAGCUUCCAUAAAGGAAGGAUCAUUGGCGGCAAAGUCGAAGGUCGACGGGGCUGUUGGUUCUCGAGGAACUCAGGGGCCAAGCGCAUCUUCACAGCAGUGUCAGUCGGGAACAGCAAAUAUGACGCAUGAAUCGCCUGCUGCUGCUGCUGCUGCUGCUGUCGCAGCAUCCUCUCAGCCUCCACCCGUGAAAACAGAGACGGUACCGUCAUCGGUAGACUUGCCUGCUUCCGACGUUGCGGGCGAUGACACGCAUGGCACCAUCAUUAGGUUAGAGGAGCAGUUGAACCGACUCUUAGAACAACAUGCCGCCGCAACACAGGCAAGUGCAACCAACGAGAGUCUGUGCACAGAGUUGGGUAGGAACCUAGAAACUAUUCAGCAAGCAGCUUCGGUUGAUAGAGCUCGUACGCUGAAGUUAAAGGAAGAGCUGCAGGAAACCAAGCGAAGAGUGGCCGUACUGGAGCAGCGCGCUGCCGUUGGCACGGCGUAUGCCGCAUCCGAUGAUAGUUCUGAUUUGCCUACGCCAUCGGUCUCCUCCUUGUACGAUGACAAGAGACGGGAAUCGCUCCUCAAUUGCCACCAGCGGUACCCAAGCAGUUGUGUACCACCAUCAUGCUCCGCUUCUGAAGCCGGUGAAGAUACACGAUCCGUCUAA